AUGGCCGUUCUCUCGACUUGGGACACUGGCACCAGCUCAGGGCUCAUUUCCAUCGGCACCCAUUCCUUAUAUCUGACCGCCGCGGGACCCUGUCGGGAGACCGUGAGCGGCCGUCUCCAACCGGCAGUGAUCAUUGAAGCCGGUCUGGGCAGCGGACACCUGGAAUGGGUCGCGGUCAGCCGACUGAUAUCAGAGCGCGCCCGCGUGUACACCUACGAUCGAGCAGGCUACGGACGAAGCCAACCCUCCCCCGUCAAGGAACUGAAUGCCCAGAACCGUGUCAAUGAAUUGCACCAGCUACUGGGAAUGGCGGGCAUCGAUCCACCAUACGUGCUCGUCGGCCAUUCCUACGGAGGAACCCUUGUCCGGGAAUUUCUGCGCCAGCAUAGAGAAGAUAUCGUCGGGAUGGUGCUUGUGGAUGCACCACGGACGCCGACCCCUUUACCUCCUGGAUUCGGUUCUCUGUUCGGAGACUCUACAUACGGUGCGAUCGUGGGGCUGAAUGAGAACCACGUUUUCUCGCCGGAGGAGUACGCGGCUAUCAACGAAGACGAGGAUCGGAAUUCGGCGACCGCGGAGAUUGAGCUGAGCUUUAUCCCGGAGAGUGUGGAACUGGUUAAUCGGGCCUUACCGGAGGGGUUCCAGGCGAUGGGUGAUGAUCGGUUGAGUGUGAUAUUUGCGAAUGAGACGGUGGAUUUUGGGAAGAUCUAUGGCUUUGCCGUGGAACAUGGGGUGGGAACGCAGGAAGCAAAGGAUGGUCUGGCGGUGCGAUUGAAGAAUAUGGAGCAGGGAGCUGAGAGGGAUCAAAGAAUGUAUCUGGGGUUGUCGAGUCAGAGUCGAUUCGUAUAUGCCCGGGGAAAGGCGAUGACGCAUAAUAUGCAGUAUGUCGCGCCGGAGGUCAUUCGGGACGAGGUGUUCUGGGUGCUAGGGUUGACGGAAUGA